AUGGAAGCAGUCAUUGCUUCGGUCGGUGAAAAAGCUGGCGAGUUCGCAUUUGAUCUCAUCAAACGUGAGGUAACCUAUAUAUCAAACUAUAAAAGCAACGUGGAGAAUCUGAAGGAGGGAUUCGACGAGCCGAAGGAUGCAAGACAGAGAGUGAAGCAUUCUGUUGAUGCAGCUAAAACGAAAGGGCGUAAGAUUUAUAAAGAUGUGGAGAAAUGGUUGUUCAUGGUGGACGAGGAGACCUCUGAGGAGGCUGCAGCCAAAUUAGAGGAUGAAGAGAAAGCGAAGGAAAAGCUCAGCAAGAGAGCAGAGAAGGAGGCCGAUUCCAUUGCUCAACUAUUAGGAAAAGGCCGAUUCGAUAGCGUCUCAUAUCUUCCUGCUCUCAGACAUGUCAAUGGAUACGACGCCUUUGCAUCAAGAACCGGUGCUUUGAAUGGGGUCAUGGAGGCAUUGAAAAAUGAUGAUUCCAACAUAAUUGGAGUGUAUGGAGUGGGUAGAGCAGCCAUAACUAGACUAGUAAAACAGUUUGCUAGACUUGCCAUGGAGAAGCAGUUGUUUGAUGAGGUGAUCAUGGCAGCUAUAACACAAACUCCAAACAUUGAAAAAAUCCAAAACGAGAUUGCUAAGAACUUAGGCCUGAAAUUUGAUGAGGCGAGCCUGGAUGCAAGGAGGUUUCAGCUACGUGAUCGACUCAAGAAACAGAAGAAGGUUCUUAUUAUUUUGGAUGAUAUUUGGGUGACAUUGGAUUUGAAUGUUCUUGGGCUUCCUUCUAGAGGUGAGCACAUGGGAUGCAAGAUCUUGUUGACAUCAAGAAAUUUCAAUGUUUUAUCCUCGAUGGGUAUUCAAAAACCUUUUGCAAUCAGCAUUUUCAAAAAACAAAAAUCAUGGAACCCGAUUAGAAACAUGGUUAGUGACAUUGUUGAAAGAUCUAAUCUGUAUUUUACAACAAUUGAAGUGGCCCAAAAAUGUGCAGAACUUCCAGUCGCCAUUGCAACAAUUGCAAAUACUUCGAAGAAUAAGAAAACUUUGUUUGAAUUGAGGAAUGUUUUGCAAGAGCUAAAAAGGCCUUUGUUUCAGAAACUCCAAAAGCAAACAGGGUGA